GUAAAUUGUGCCGAAUACCGAAGUUGUUCCAUUUCAAGGAAGUUCAUGUUCAUGUACUUUUUCUUGUGUUUUGAAGGAACAUGCGGCUGCUAAUAGGUUUACUUUCCGUUUGCUUUUUAUCUCCUCUUGAAUCUCAACACCCACCAGGGCAUUUACAACCUUUAGGGUCUCAUCAGCCGCCAUCAGGAUCAAUAGAAAGUUCAGAGGUUGUUCCAGGGCCUCGAGAGUUCUUCGAGGAAAAUGUUCGUCCUGGAAAACCCUUACUUUUAAGGGGAGCGGCAAAGAGCAUGCCUGCUUAUUCAAAAUGGACUGAUGGUUAUUUGAGGUGAGACAAGUAGCUGUCUUUCUUGUUUUUUUUGAAAGAUGUUUUUCUUUCGACGCGAGUGUUGUUCUUUAUUUUCAAACCUAAACUUUUUAAAAUCACUUAAAUUAUAUAUAGCGGCGUUUUAAGUCUACCGGCCAGUUAUUAAUAGUUAUAAAGCUUUUAUUGUUUUUGUUUUGUAAUGGCUAGGUUUCCUAUGAUCGUCUACGGGUCUCCUGGUAGCUUUAAUUUUGAAACUCUUAUAUUUAGUGUAUCUUAAUUAAUUCAAAAGUUUGAAACUAUCGCGUAUUUAAAAUACUGAUAACUGUGGUGAUCGAGUAAAAUUGGUUUCUUUGAAGACAAUAUGGGAGACUUUAUUUCCUGUGUUUUUAUAUUAAACUUCCAAGAGCAAUUCAUUUUGGUGGAUUUAAUACAGAAACAAAAAUUGGUGACUAACAGGUACAAAAAAAUUAAAAUAAGCUUAAUGAUAGGAAGAAAAAAGAAAAAAAAAUUCAAAAGUAGGGCAAAUUUUUGGUAAUUAAUAUGCAUAUGGCUUUGGCUUAGCGAGUCAUAUGGCAUCUGUAUCUGCACCUGUGGGUAGCUAUUAUAUCAGAUCCCCACAUAUACUGCUGGUCUUGAAAAAAGAGUGAAAUUCAAGAGUUUACCACAUAGAAUUAUUCUUACUGUACUGCACCAAAAAUUUCAGGAGGCAUCAACAAGCCGAAUGUUUGACCCUAUUAAUAUUCAGACAAUCUGUAAAAAGAUUGUAAUACUUUAAGAUUACAAACUAUCAGCCCUCUUGUUGGAUCAGAAUGAUUCAUGCUGAUGUAUGACUGCUGGUGACAGGUGCAUGAUAUUAGAUUGAUAAUAUAGCUUUUCAUCUUUCUUUAUAAUGCAAAUUUUCUUUUAAAUAGACCUUGUCACGGUUUCCGAUGCCAUCUUGACGAGUAGGCAAAUGCAUGAGAAAUUACAGUGUUUGUGUGAUCGAGAAUCUAAAGUCAAAUAAUUUCCGUAGAUCGGCUGUUCUGAAAAAAAUAUGAAUUGCAAACUAAAGGUUCACUCCUAAGAAUUCUACUGAAAAAAUUGAGCGUGUUACAUGCACUAGAAGACCUAGAACCUCUUUUUUAAAUUUUCUAUACAUUUGUCUGUAAGAAAUUCCCGGGAAAAAUUACAGACAAAUAUAUGGAAAAUCUAAAGCAAGCCUCUGGAAAAUUUAAACACAGGUAUGGCCCCAAAAUGUUUAAGGACAAUCCUUCGCUUUGUAGCUUUAGUUUACAUUAUUGAGUUUCAUGCCAUACAAUGUACUCCCUCAUUGGUCAGAUUGCUGAUGCAUUGUGUUCAGUAGGUUUUGUAAAUGAAAGGGAAAUUGUUUUUAUAUCAGACUGUUAUAAUCUUUCUUUAUGUAAAAAGGUAUUGUUUGUGUUGUCAAAAGCAUGCCUUAAGUGUUCAACAAACAUUAUGGCAUUGAAAAAAAAACGAUGGUAAAAAUCUGACUUGAAAUUUAGUAUACAAAAAUAAAUUAUUCUAGUAUCUAUGUUUUAGAAUAAUAAAAAUAUUGAAUUAUUGCCAAUGGGUUUCACAAUGUUGAUGAUUAAAACUGCAGAUACUCCAUAUGCUAAAUGUCUAAAGAGUCUUUAAUUACGUUGCUGUUGCUUGGUGACACUUUAAUCCUCAUCCCAGUGGUAUCUGUUUAACCAUUUGAAAUCAUCAGUUCCUAUAAAUAUGCAGCAUUGUAAUACCCGCUAGCCUGCAAUGCAGACCUACUGUAGUUUAACCUCGGUUAGUAGUGUCUGCUUAGCAGUGUAGAGAUCGUCGUUCUGUGCCCCCAUUGGACUGAACAAAAUACUGGAUGAGGUGUGUUAUUUUCAAAUUUCCUUUCAUCCCUGAUUAGCAGAUUGACAAUGGCUUUCUUAACAGGGGAAUCAGUGUAAACAGGUGGGGGCUCGAACAAGAUUUUAGCACUGUUUUGUAGAAGGACUUAACCAGGUUUAGUUUCAUCUGUGGAUGAGGUUAUCCAAUAUUUUUUCACUAUACCCCCUUUGAGGGGGUAUAGUGAUUAUAUUUUGAGAUGCAAAUUUUCUCCAAAAGCUCCCUAGGAGAAUUUCUUGCUGUAGAAUUAAGGGUGUUGUUUGAAUGGUGAUUAUUUAUUUGCAUCUAGUAAAAUGCUAUUGUAUUGUCUUUAAACAUGUAUUUAUCCUGCUGCAGUGCUGUUUGAGUUGCGUGACUAAAUUAUUUAUUGAUAUGGUUGUGGUUUGAGUGUUAAAAUUAGUUGGAAUUGGGAGAGGCAACCCUUUCAUUCAAGAACUCUUUCCAAUGCAUUCAGUCCCUUGCUAUUCGGACACAAGAUCAGGUUGCGCGCUUUGUGUUUUCCUUUGUCAGUAUAAUUUUUUUGGUAUGCAAAAAUAACAUUAAAAGAUGGAAUAUUCUUUUUCUCUUGUUAGCGAGAGAUUUGGUGAAGUGGGCAUUGAUGUCGAAGAAGGGAAAAAAGAAAACAGAUCCUUAGCCACAUUUCAUUUCAAGCUUCAAGAUUUUAUCUCCCGCUAUAAGAAUGAAGACAUCUACAUGGUAGAGUCUCUUCCACUCAAAAUGAGAGGUAUUAUUGAUACAAACUUGUUUAAUAAUCCAACUGUUAGUUUUCACCCACCUUCUUCAUUAAAUUCCAGUUUAGUUUCCUAUACUUUUUUUAAAAAACAAGAAUCACUUCGUGAAUUUUACCGGGGCCACUUUUUUUGGUUUUUCAUUAUUUUUUAAUUAUUUGUCAGCCUAUAUUUGACGAGGUUUCCUGCAGCGAGAGCGAAUUGUAAGGUAUUGAAACGCACAAACAAAGUUUUGCGCAUGCAAGUUUAAUAAGUUAAGAUUUUUGUUUUGUCGUAGUGUACACAGUUCAACAGCGACUAAGCUUUGUCACUGUUAGGAUGAAUACUGUAACAGUAUUUUUCAAUACAUGGGGAUCUCAUUUAUUGAUAAGUAGCAAAUAUAGUUGCAUUAACCAUUCCGUUCCAAAACUAAUACAAUAAUUAACAUUAGCAUGAGUCAACUCCCAAUCCUAGGCUGUCAAGUUACGCAGUUUUUGUCACGUGUUCAGAUCGAUUACAUAAUAAUAAGAUAUUUCUUAGCAACAAGAAUCCAAAGAAGCUAAGAAUACCAAGGAGAAAAACAAAAAAAUUCUACGUCAACUUCUAAUGAAUAAUGUCAAAAGACAAAAUGUUAGGGAAUCCCCCAUUUUGAACAGUUACAGGCGCGGAUCUGGAAUAAAUACUGACCGAUUUCCUAAACGAGGGCCGAAGGCACAAGCACUAUCUAAGGGGGUCUGGGGAGCAGGCUUCCCAAGAAAUGUUUUGGUGUUUAACUCUUUAAGUCCCCUUUCCUGGGUUUUCGAGUCACUCAGGUAGCAUAUUGCCCAGGUUUCAACUUGGAAAGUGUUUUUUAUUAUUAAAAAUGUAUUUAUGCUUCAAUCUACCCACAAAAUGGCAAACCUUACUCAGAAUGAAAUAUGUGCUGUGCUCUGUUCGAAAAGGCAAUACAAACAACAUGAUGGAGAAAAAAUGGCAAUGUGAAAUUCUGCACAUUGCCGGUUUAUUAAACUCUGAAAAUCCAAUACAAAUACAACUGAAACAUUCAUGAAACAUGUAUUGCCGGCGAAGGUGAGGGCAAUUAACCGCCUGAAAAAUACAAACCAUAGAACAAGAAAGAGGCAGGAAUGGGGAGGAGGAGGGCUGAGGAAAAAUUUUUGUGUGUCAACGAGAUCAAGAACGCGACAUCCUUUAUACGACGAUCAAUAAAUACGACAUUACCUAAAGACGCCAUCUUGAAUUCAAAAUUCAAAUCAGUACCCUCGAUUCCAUGUUCCUAGCCUCUUUCCACAUUACUGUAUUCAUAAACUAUGUAAGGCUAAAUUGUCGCAUAAAAUUUUAUUUGAAGAAAAAUAAUGCAUUUAUGCUUCAAUCUACCCACAAAAUGGCAAACCUUACUCAGAAUGAAAUAUGUGCUGUGCUCUGUUCGAAAAGGCAAUACAAACAACAUGAUGGAGAAAAAAUGGCAAUGUGAAAUUCUGCACAUUGCCGGUUUAUUAAACUCUGAAAAUCCAAUACAAAUACAACUGAAACAUUCAUGAAACAUGUAUUGCCGGCGAAGGUGAGGGCAAUUAACUGCCAAAGACCUUGCAAAGCAAGGGCACGCCCCACCCAAGCACGAAUUUCAUUCUGGGUAAAGGUAUUACUUAAUAUUUAAUAUUACAAAAUUGCAUCCUGCAUAAUCUGUUCAGAUCAAAUCAAUAGUGUAGUUCCAAUGGUGUGCCGCCUGCAAGCAACAACAUCACAACCUCUGACACAUUCAGUUACUUAAACAGAUUCUAGAGAGGUUAUUCUGAUAUACUUUUUGAAAGCAUCAGAUUUCCAUCUACCCAAAUGCCUAAUCUUGUCGCCGGAAACCCCUUGUUCAGCCGCAUAAGUAGCAGCACCAAUCCUAAAGCUGUGUCCUUUAUAUCUAUUGGGAUCCAAGUUGCAUAGUCGAAUAACUGAGCCAAGCAUUUUACUAAACUCGCUUCUUAAAACUGGGGACCCAUCGUGAUUAAUAAAAAGUGGGCCAUGUGCUAUACCACGAACAGAAGCAUAAUCCAAGAAUGAUUGAACAGGACAUGCUUUAGGUUGUCUAUUCAAAACUAUAGAAAAAGGAUUUUGAUUGUAAUUAUGUUUAUAGCUUGAGAAUGUAAUUAUCAAGGAAACCACAUUGCCAUUCCCACUAUGUUUUUUAGAAACUUGAUCCAGUUGUAAAAGGUUACCAUUGACACUGUCUCGCUUUGACACUGUGAUUUCACCAAUACGAAGAAAUGCAAAAAAUGCCAUAGCACACAUGGCCUUAAACAUAAAUAAUUCAUAUUGAGAAACACAAAAAUAUCUAAACCUUUCAUGAUGCGAACUAAAAUGGGAAGGGUAAUAGGCAACCUUGAGUCCAGUUUGUGACCAAUCUUACCAUACCCUUUAAGCAUCUCAAUAAUGUAAAAAGUUUUGGUAGGAUCCCGUAGACCCGCCAAGCGAUGGAAAUACCCAAGGGCAGAAACAUAAGUAUUUACGGUGGAGGAAGCAUAUCUACGAUCAAAUAAAUGUGCAACAAACAAUGCCAAUGUGGCCGGCAACACUGGUAAUGAAAUGUGUGAGCUCUGUAAAACACUUAUUUGAAAUUCUUCAUAAAGCUUCCAUGCCCUACGGCACGUUGGUACUGAAGACUUCUGUAAACUAGCAGAUAGAAGAUCAUGAACUAUAGAUGCCAGUUUGCCGGGAGUAGAUGAGAUGGGAUUGCUGUUGGCAUGGGAUCCAUGUAAGCUGGUGCUAGUUUCUUGAAACGUUCGAUCUGCAAACGAGACAGUGCAUCCGCAAGAGUGUUCGUAAAACCCGAAAUAUGCUUGGCUUUAAACAAAAUAUUGUGCCUCAAACAAACUAGCACAAGUUUACGAACAAAAAUCAUUAAAGAAGUAUCUCUACAGGUAGACUUAUUUAUCACAUGUACUAAUGCCUCAUUAUCAGUAAAGAAUGUAAUACACCUGUCCCUAAUAUGGUCCCCCCACAACAUUAAACUCAGAACAAUUGGGUAAAAUUCCAGAAUUGCAAUAUUCUGACCCAACCAUUCCUUAGGCCAUUCGCCAUAGCACCAGUGAGAACCAAAUACAGCUCCAAAACCGUGCGCCCCCUGCCGCAUCAGUAAAUAACUGUAGGCUCAAGCUAUUGUCCCAUUUCUCAUUAAGGAAAAAUGAUUUACCAUUGUAAUCUUGAAAAACUGUUGCCAAGUAAACAAAUCAGCCUUCACCUCCUUGGAAACACGAACAAAAUGACCUGGUCUUUUGAGGCCAAUUGUCAAGUCAAUAAGCCGUCUUAAAAAAAGCAACGGCCUGGAACAACCACUGAACAAGCGAAAUUUAGUACCCCGGUAAGCGACUGCAACUCUCUCAAUGUUGCCUUCUUCUUUUUGAUAAAUUCAGCAAUCAAUUGUUUACAUUUCAAUAAUUUUUCUUCGGGUAAGCGUGAUUCACAACGGAUAGUGUCUAGUUCCACACCUGCAAAUGUCAAAAUUGUAGAUGGGCCAAAUGUUUUUCAGGUGCCAUGGGAAUGCCUAAAAAUCACAUAAUUCUAAGAAGAGUCUAAGACUUCUUGAACACUGACUUUCUGUUGUCUGAAUGAGGAGAAAAUCGUCUAGCAAAUGAAUAAGGUUAGCUAUACCAAGCUUAUCCUGUGCAAUCCACUCAACAGCUGUACUAAAAGUUUCAAAGGUUUUACAGGAGCUGGAGCAUCCCAUAGGCAUGCAUUUAUCAUAAUAAUAUUGACCACUCCACUUUAUGCCUAAAAGAUGAUAAUCUUGAGGAUUAAUGGGUAAAAUCCUGAAAGCACUUUUUAAUAUCGGUUUUAGCCAAAUAAGAACCGACACCUGACUGUUUUAUCUUUUUAAUAGCAUGGUCAAUAUUAGAAUAUUGAACACUGGAAUGUUCAUGGGAUAUUCCAUCAUUUACUGAUUUACCCAUGGGAUAUGAAAGAUGAUGAAUCAGACGAAAUUCCCCUGGGGUUUUCUUUGGAACAAUACCCAGGGUGACACUCUGAAAACAGGAAAGGGUGGUGAAUCAAAUGGUCCAGCCAACCUAUGGGCUUCCAGCUCCUUAGCUAAUUUUUGGUCAACUACUUGGGGCUGUUGUCGUGCAGAUAACAAAUUAGCAGAUUCAUAAGAUCUACUUUGACCAACAGAAAAGAGAUGAAAUCCAUACUUAAAUCCAUCAAUUAAAAACAUUCGCUUUUGAAAGUUGUACCCUUCUAGCAAAAACUCAAGUCGGUUUACCUUUACUGGUGUUGGGAGCAGUAGGAUUGGCAGCAACAGGUCUUCCAGUGAAGUUACGAAAAUUAUGGCAAUUAAUCAUUUGAUGAGUCUUUUGACAUAAUGGGCAUGAAUGCUUGAAAUUACAUCCAACACAUUUUAAGCCUUUAUGGUACUUCCAGCAAUAACCUUUGGGAACUCGAAAGCCUGACUUUGAUUCACCCUCAAAUCUCUUUAUCUGUGAAUAAUUAUUUCUGGAUGGCUGCGAUCUAAUCCACAACUCCCAAUGCACUGCACCCCAAGAAUAUGCUUUGGGGUCCUUUUGUCGGAGAUAUCGAAAGUUCUCGUCAUAAUAUCGCCAGUUAUAUCCUCUUGCUGCCAAAUCCCUAAUAAUUUCACUAUACUUCAUUAAAAAGGGGGCUUCAACAGGAUAUCUCUGUGUGUAGACACCCACAAAGAUUUGGUAGGCUGUGACCCACAUUUCAAUCGAAUUGAUAUGUUUUGACUUUUGCUUUGGCUCCAAUACGAUGCGUGGCUGGUCAUUUGAUGAUGCCAUGUCAUUUGAAAGGCAUAGAUGGAAACUGUCAUGGUCUUUCUUAUUAUUUAAGAGCAUUCCAAAAUCGACAUAUUCAUGGGCCCAUAUUUUUCUUUUUAGCCUAUCAGAGACUGACAUGUCAAUGGGGAUGUCAGAUGACACAAAAAUAUCUUUUGGCUUAGACAUUAAACUGGUGCCUCCUGACAAGCUAUCCAACACAGUCGCAAUCGACCCCUGUACAGUUGCGGCUGCUGUGCUAGCCUGAUCUGAGCUAUUUAAAAUUUCAGAAGUAUUAACCUGAGAACCACUUAACUCAUUGAUGACUGGUUCAGCGACAACUGACCCCUGUAAAGCUGAGGCUGUUCCAGGCAAAGAAACAUUUCCAGUACCUGUAUUAUCAUUGAAUUGUGUAUUUUGUAAUUUUUGUAAUACUGCAUUUGUCACCCUCUCAAUCAAGUUGUCAACGCCAGCAUACGGAAGACUUGCUGGGCCUGGAAGCUGAUCUGCUUGUUCUCCAUUCUCCUCAACCCGUCUACGGCGACUAGCUGGCUGUUGCUCGGACUCUUGCAAGAUAGUUGGUUUUCUCUUCACUCUAGCUGAUACCCGGCGAGACAUCCUGAAACGUAAAAUAACUCAACACCAGUAUACAUGUAAGCUAGUAACAUAUAGCAAGCUUUUCCAUUGCUGAUGAGGUCAUUAUGCCCAAAAAGAACCAAUCCAGAUUAUAAACAACAUGCAUCAACAACAUUAAUCAAGGAGUCUAAUUAUUAAAUUUGCUCCAUCUAAAUGACUGAAGAAGAUCUCAACAUGAUCAAGAACAACAACUUCGAGAUAAACAUGGCCUAACCGCCAAUUUCACAUAUAUCUGAAAUAUAUAACAUGCCUGUUUUUAUAGUACUCUGUAUAGUACCAUAAAGGAAAACCUUCCAACAGCCUUUGGUUGGAAAAAAUUAUAUAGUACCAAACAUCUAGCUUGGACAAAAAACCAUACACUUCACAGUACAAACCCAAAAUUAAACAAUGUAACAGGACAUCACAACAUGAACUUAUACGUGAACUAUGGCCGGGAUGGCUUGGCAAACUACACAUGUCGCCGGAACAUAUAAAAUGCCUGUCCCUAUAAAUGCCAUAAAAACAUUCCAACAACCUCUGGUUGGACAAAAGCAAAAAGACCAAACCUGUAGCUUGGUCAAAAAACAUGCAUCACAUUAUACAAAAACAGGACUUCACAACAUGAACAUGUACAUGAACUAUGGCAGGGAUGGCUUGGCAGACUACACAUGUCGCCGAAACACAUAAAAAUGCCUUUCCCUAUAAUGCCACAAAAACCUUCCAACAACCUCUGGUUGGACAAAAACAGAAAGACCAAAACCAUACGUUGGUCACAAAUCCAUGCCGAAGCAUGUCACAAAAACAUAAUUAAACAAGAACAUUCCAACAACCUCUGGUUGGACAGAAGUGAAAAGACCAACAACGUUGAUUGGUCAAAAAUCCAUGCACAGCAUGGCUCAAACACAUAAUUAAAUGACAAAACAGGACAUAACAACAUGAACAUACACCUAACAAGAAUGGAUGGUUUUGUAACAACAUACGUCAGCUUGUAAUUUAUGACUGAAAAUACAAUCAUAGUUUUAUUCACAUCGAAAUGACCAUAAGCUCACAUUCGAUUUGGGUUUUCAGCUAAAAUUAAUAAUUGCUUUUAUAUCGAUUUGGAUAAUAUCGAUAUUACCAACAACAUAAACCCUACAAAAUGAAGCGGAGAAUUGGCAACACAAUGUAUUUGCCCCGAGCAUUAUUCACUCAAACUUAUUCAAAAUGUUCACAGCCUUUAAAAUUGCACCUCGGUAACUUCUGUAAAGUAAAUACUGGCCACGAGGAUUUAAGUGAACUCCAUCCUCCAACAGGAAAUCAUGGCUUGGAGAGUCCAAAAUCUUAUGUCGCCAUACAAACACUCUAGGGCGGUCGAUGACGACACGUAAAUAACGAUUUAACACUUCUACCUUCGUAUUAAACAUUGGCUCAGCUCGCUUAAUCACCAGACAAACUCCAACUACCCUAACAGAAAAAUGGUUCAACAACAACUCGACUAAUUCGUCAAUCUGAGAACCAACCGUUUCUGGUGGUUCAUUACAAAGGUCAUUGGUACCUAUUUCUAAUAUUACAACAUCUGGUGCAAAGCGGGAGACAUUCGCUACGUCAAAUUGCUUAAUUUUCUUAACCGUCCUUCCGCCAAUACCAAAUAAACGGACCUUAACACCUUCGAGGUCGAAGUUGCUUUUGGCACGAUCGUCAAAAUGAUUCUCCAAGUCACCACUGAGGCGUCGAACGAAAGAAUGACCAAGUAUCAUUACUUUCGGGACACACGAAGCCAUUUUGGACUGAAAGAAAUAAUUAAUUGAAAGGUCAGAUCGCUCGUAUGUACAAAAACCGAAACGAUGCGGCACCAGCCAGAAAUGUUGUUGAAAAUGGUUAAAAGUCAUUAAAAGCCAAUUGGAAGGUGAAAAUGAGUUGCAAAUUACGGCCAUCGAUGCGAAUAAACUAUGAACCAGACAAACUGAACAGCUAAAUUAUCACAAUAAAGAGAGAGAAAACUCACCUGUUCUGACACUGAGGAAAAAUUUUUGUGUGUCAACGAGAUCAAGAACGCGACAUCCUUUAUACGACGAUCAAUAAAUACGACAUUACCUAAAGACGCCAUCUUGAAUUCAAAAUUCAAAUCAGUACCCUCGAUUCCAUGUUCCUAGCCUCUUUCCACAUUACUGUAUUCAUAAACUAUGUAAGGCUAAAUUGUCGCAUAAAAUUUUAUUUGAAGAAAAAUAAUGCAUUUAUUAUGAAAAAUCUGAUCGAUUUCCGUAAAACGGUGGAAACCAGUGUGGAUCCGCGCCUGAGUUAAGAAUUUGCGCAUCUUGCUAACAUAAAUAUUGCGUGACAAAGGUUAUUUGAAAAUAUUUUGUUUUGUUGCUUCAUAAUAUAAGUCAAAGCAGUGACAGACUUCCUCCUAAUGAGUUUUAAUUGUUUGUCGGAAAAUAUUUGACGAAGUUUCCUGUAGGGAGUGCGAAUUGUAAGGUAUUGAAAUGCAUAAACAAAGCCUGGCGCAUGCAAGUUUGCUUUGUCGUAGUGUACACAGUUCUACAUCGACCAAGCUUUGUCAUCGCUGGGAUGAAUACUGUAACAAUAUUUUUCAAUAGACAGGGAUCUCAUUUAUUGAUAAGUGGUAAAUAUAGUCGCAUUAAACCAUUCCGUGUCCAAACUAAUCGAAUUAAUAUUUACAUGGUUACAGUUAUGCUCCCUACUUCAAAUUUCUGCACCAGUGAUAUCUUGGCGAACACUCCCAAAAGUAACGAGCCCGCGAAAUAUCUCAGUCAGCGAUAUAUCCCUAACAAUGUAACUUUGAAAACACAGAAACGCGUUGCAUUUUAUGACUGGUGCCAGCCUUCGGCUAGGCCCCGGUAAAAACCACUACCCACUGUUGGGAGAGGUGGGGAUCACAGUCACAGAUGACACUUUGUGUAAAUAAACUAUGAUGAACUGCUUUGAUCAUUUUAUUCUUUGCCCUACAGUUCCUAUAAUGAUUUUUAUAUAUUCAUUGUUAGUCAUUUUCAUCCGUACAAGGGUUAAUAAUUACGAACUGACUCAAUGACCAGCUCCCAGUUGGUUUGUUAGCUGAAUAAAGAGUGCUGCAACAGUAUCGCUCAGGUUAAGGGUUUGAAUCUCUUUUUGGAACUGCAGAAGUUGCAUCUACAACUUCAGUGAUCUUAAUUUAUUUAAUUCACCACCCCACAGUUCCAGAGUAUAUAUAUGUUUUUUAAGUUUGAUAUAGAAACAUUAUUGUGCAUCAUCAUCAGACCAGUAACUAAAAACUAAAAAACAUAACUGUUUUCUGCGACAUGUAUUGUGUACAACAGGUGCAUAAGUAGAGAAAAUAAGUGGGAAAAAAAUGUUCACUUGCCAAAAAUCAGCCUGUUGGCGCAAAUUGGUGGGUAGAUAAAGGACAUUACAAUCCAAGCUAAUUUUAGAAGUAUUUAUAUGGAGUCAUCACUGGGAAUCGCUGCACUAACAGGCUGACUUUUGGCAAGGGAGAUUUUUUAAUAGUUUGUGAGAUUUUUAGUUACUUGUCAAGUUUUAUCACUUUAGCUUAAUUUUAAUGCAGUUUUAGUUGUUGUAUAAUUUUAGCUUAUUAAUGUAUUUUAAUCUUUGUAUUUUAGCUUUUUAAUGUUUUAAUUUUUGAACAGCCCUCAUUGAUAUCAGCAUUUUAUACUGAGGAGGAUUUUCCCUGGCUAAAGAACAUUUAUUAUUAUUAUUAUUAUUAUUAUUGUUAUUAUUAUUAUUAUGGCUACAGUUGUUGUUGUUGUUGUUGUUACCGUUGCUAUUUUCAUCUUGUUCUUUCUGAAUGUGCUAACCAAUCUCAUAAUUUCACAAAAUAUUUGAAUUUUUGUGACAUCACACCUUUCUUCUCUAUCAAGGGAGCAUGCAUACAGCUUCUUGCUCUCCACCCUGCAGUUCCAGAGUAUAUAUGUUUUUUAAAUUUAUUAGAAACAUUAUUGUGCAUCAUCAUGACCAGUGACUAAAAAACUCAAAAAAAAAAUAAAUAAAUAACUGUUUGCUGUCACAUGUAUACAUGCAGUUUCUUGUUUGGAAUGUUAAUAUCUGAGAUGGCAACAUGAAAAAUGAAAAUAUGUCUUUUAAAUAUGACUGUUAUAGGGUACCAGUCAUCCACCUUUUUCAAGUGGACAGCGAAUAAAGUCUGCUUUCAGUAGCAUUUGCAUUUCUCUUAAUCCAGCUUAACAUUAUGUUUUACUCUUUAGAGGAGUAUGCCUUAUUGAAGAGCUUAAGAUGUGGUGGAUAUACUGAAGUCCUUCAGGAUGCAGUUGUCUGGUUUAGCAGUGGAGGCACCAAGUCUGUUCUUCACUUUGAUUCAGUAGAUAACAUAAACUGUCUGUUUGAUGGAACAAAGGAGUUACUUAUGAUUAACAAGGUGACGGCUGUUCAGUUAAUUUUGGCAUUUAUUAGAGACAAGCUUAAGCUUAAGCUUAGACACUUUUCUCACUGAGUCUCUAUAAAAUAAUGAUGACCAACCAUUUUAAAGAACCAGCCAAUCACAUAGUAAUGUUAGACAGUGUAUAGUCUUCAAAACUAAACUGAUAUAUGUUUGUUAAGCCUGUCAAAUGAAAGUACAGAUUUACAGUGGGCCUAUGAUAAUUUAAUGGCCACUUCAAUUAAGUAAGGGGAUACCUCAGUGUUGCUAGUUGUCACCUACUGCUAAUGAUGUCUGCAGGAGGGGGGGGGUCUAUUCCAUAACAACACUUCAUCAUUAAGUGGCAUGUUGGUUUAUUACUAAGAAACUGACAAUUCCUUUCUUGGCCUGUUUUAGAUUUCUGUACUGUCAAGGUUUUUUUUUGCGAUCCUACUUGCCAAAAUGGGCAAUCAAAUGAUUGUAAUUCUGAUUGUAAUUCCAUUCGUAAUUUUUUUUAAACAUAUUGAUAAUGAUGAACAUAUGAUCAUCUUUUUGACGUGGACCUAUUCUUUUUUCUUUUUUUUCCAGUCUUAUCUUGAACAAGCACACAUUGACAAGGUAGAAGGAGCAUUCUCAACUGUUGAUGUGGACAGUGUGGACAUGUAUAAAUUCCCAGGCCUUCAGACUAUCCCCUACUACAAGGUUCUUAUGGAACCAGGCGACUGUUUGUUUAUACCCUCCAGGUGGGUAGUGCUGACAAUUUCUUUUGUUAACCCCAUUUAACCAGCUGCCUUGCGUAUUGAAAGGUCGGUGCAUCCAGGAGCCUCCACUGUGGCCAGCCAGCCCCUAGAUAGAAUCCGCUCUCUGUGGCUGGGAAAUCCCCACAACCCAGCUAUAAGCCCCCAUUCUAUGCACCUGUCACACUUAUGAAUCAGUGGAAAGAGAGAUUGAAGGUGUGGUGGUUGGGGAAUGCUGAAACAACUGUUUAAAAACUGCUCAAAACCAACACAGCCUCUAUGAAAACUACUUAAGAAAAGACUAGACAAUCCUGACUUUGGCAAAGCAACGACAUCCCAUAUGAGCCUACGCUUGAACUGCAGACCAGCAGAGACUGCUAAGCUCAUGGCAUUUAACUUUGUUGAAUUUUCCAUUUGACUAAAUAUUUAACCAGCAGCCUUGCUAAAUGAAAGGUUGGUGCCUGGGGUAUUCAGGAGCCUCCAUUGUGGCCAGCCAGCCCCUAGAUAGAGUCUGCCCCAUGGCUGGUAAGUCCCCGCAACCCAGCCAUGAACCCCCAGUCCAAGCGUGGAGACUCUCCUAGCUGACCAGGCUCAAGUUGGAGAGAGGUAAAAAGUGCUUAGGGCUAGGGGAAGCCCUGGCCCCAAACUACCAGAGCCCCAAGACACCCUAUUUGACUGGGAAGAAGUAUUAAUGAAUUAGUAGACCAGGUUUGGGGGGCUAGGAAACAAAAAAAUAUGCUUGUCAUGUGAGCCGACUUGCUAUCAGCCUACAAUGAUGCCAACUGGAGUGCGAUUGUACAUCUGGUACACAUCACUAGACCAUCUACCCAGAGUUUUGAUGAGAUUGUCACAACACGUUGAAGCCUAAGGUAACCGACCAAAUGGUCAGGCGGAACCUCCAUAAUGUGUAAUGAUCGGAUUGCUAAGUAAACCUUUAUGGAUGGGUGGUAGCGAGUAUCUGGAAGUUGGGUGCAGAAACGUUCAAGUGUCUUCGCUUGCUGUAACUGGAAAGGCAGUGAAAGGAAAAGAGUAACAAGCCGCCAGGAGACAGAGAUAGCGAACCAGUGACAUGAGGGUAGGGGUUCUUGAAGUGCCUGACCGCAGGAUUUCUGCCACUGGGCUACUCUCCGAUAGGAAGUUGACUUUUUUGAGGCCCACUUUGGACCCGAAAUGUAGGCCGCCACUGCAAAAGGGAAAAGUUCUUUGUAUUCGAUUGACUGGGAGAUCUAUGUUGGGAGCCAUGAGCCAACAAUUCCACUGUUGGAAAAUUAUUGCAACCACCCUAGGUCAAGGAAGAACUCACGGUUGUGAAGGACUGGAUGGUCAUCGCUAUGGAAGGCCUCGGCAAAUUAAUUAUGCGACACAUCACAAUUAUUGGACCUGUCUAGAUUGCGUUGGCAACUGACAAGCUAGUAGUGCCAAGAGUUUGAUAGUUUUCUAGGUAAUGCAUCAGGAAGGUGAUACCAUAGUUCUGUUUUGCAAUCCUCGCAACUAAAUCUGUUUUGCAGGUGAUCUAACAUCUAAAGGUAGGAACAUGUCUGCAUAGAAGGCGCCGCGCCAUCUCAUGCCCAAUAACUGGUGAUAGCCUUGAUGAACUAGCACAAUGCAGUAUGCAUUUGGCAUAGUUUUGGCAUAAGGGUACCUUGACCAAGCUGAAUGAUGCAGCCCGCAACUACGUCUUGUCAGCUAUCUUGUCUUCUCAUGUAUAGAGAACGGUCCUCACUAACAAUGACAAAACAAUGACACCAAGACGCGUCACAAGGAGAUUUUGGGAGAGGAGGUUGGGAGAAAGGGUCCCGCCAGCCUGCCAGUUGAACGUCGGACUGCAAAUAGGACAUUUUGUGUCUGAGGACUUUCCGCCAAGGGACCCAACAACUGAGGUGAGGGAAAACUGGCAGGCCUUGCUGCUGAGAAACUGGAACGAGAGGAGAAUGUAAUGGUAAGGAGGAAAUAUUAACUGACGAAUCAGCAGGAACAGAAUCAAAACUGUGCACAAUGUCCGUUUUCCCUCCAAAACGCUUGGGGCUCGAUCUCUAGCGGGCGUAUGUAGUCUGGUCGUAAGCCGCCAGGUCUACACCCUCCCCCACCCCCCCUCCACCCCCAUAAUUUUGGUCACCAGCUUGUACAGGAUUGGAGCGUACCCUAGCCUAUCACGAAUGCUUUGUUGAGGGGGGAGUGCCAAGGAACUAACUACGCUGUAUGUGGAUAUAAACGAGGGAGCAGCAAGAGUACCUAACGUUGUGGAAGUUCUGCACGAUGUGGCGGAUCUCGAGGAAGACGACGAACGCGUUGAAAAGGUCGAGACAAGAGGUCCAGCCGUCGCGGCCAUGUUGACAUUCCCGCCUGAGUGGUCCCGAAGCGAUGACAACACCGAAGGAAGCGACUCAGCAAGAGCCCUUGAAAUUGCCUGUACCAAGAAGUCAUUGUCCGUAAUAGGCACGGUCAGACUGGAUAGAAUAGUUGUUGUGUUACCGGAGGUGCUGAGGUAGAAUUACUUCUAGAACUUGAAGAAGCGGUAUCAACAGGCAAAGACAAGGUUGUCUCAAAACUAAAGGCGGAGAAAACACGCUGAAGUAGAGACGAAAAGACGCUACCAAAAACGUGGAGGAAGAAACAAGACGAGAACAGUCGGGGGGAACGCUAAAACAACCUCUUCCAACCGCUCCAUACCAACGCAGCCGAACUGGUUGUAAGGAAGUAACAACGUUCCAUGUGAGCCUACACUUUUAAGCUUGACCGCUGAUUGUAGGAGACUGCUAAGCUCUUGGCGUUUAACUUUGUUAAAUUUUUCAUUUGAAGAACUAUAAGACAAAUACCCUAAUAGCAACACUUUUUGCGGCACGGUAAUAUGUGUGCAUUAUUGACCAAGAAUGAGGUGAAGAUGGAUAUUGGCCAGGUUUUAUUGUGUGUGUGAGGUCAAUAAGAAAAGCAAAAAACAACGAGGCCAAUAUCCAGCCAUCAUGACAAAACGAGCUGAUUGUAAUAUGGCCAAAAAGAGAACUCUUUUUUUGUGGGACCAAGGUGGGAAAUCCUGAACGGGUAAAUUAGACCCAUUUUGCCCGCUCAGGUAGCCAAUCAGGUUUUUGCCUUAUCUUGCCCGCUCACGGAUUCAGCCACGUAUAAAUAAAUUAGGCUGUCUUGUUGGAGUUUCGUGCCAGGUUUUGCCCUUGGCUUUUGCAUGGGGGUUAGGAGGAGCUUCUCUUGCUAGGUCAUCUUGUAGGUUUCCCAAUCCGCAAAAUCCAUUCAAUUAACUGCUAUACUUACUUCCCGACAAGAGAGCUUGGUAUAUUUGUAUGAUAAUCUUUCCCAAGUGAUAGAAUCAAUAAUUUAAAUUGUUGUAUAGCUGGAAAUUUUCUUCCAACACCUUGCGCUCUAAAUGGUUACUUCGAGGUCACAUGACAUCUAACAAUGAAACAGUUUCCGGCCAAAAUCUCUCAGCGGUCAACAUUGCUAAAUAUAUAAUGUCAGAGGGUAACAGUGCACUGUUUAGCCGCAAAUGUUGACCGACGACCGCCCGUUACAGCAGGGUUUAAUGAAUUUCCAGCUUCAAAAUUUCCUGCUAUAUACCAAAUCACUUACUGAUUGGUCCCUCGGGAAACAGUUAGUUUUGUUUCCCUUGAGAUUCUCGGGGAACAAAAUUAGCUUUUUCCUUCGGGACCAGUUAUUAAGUGUUUAAUGUGGUAUUUUUGAUUGCUCUGACUGUUUAAAAUGGCAUGUAGCAUGAAUUGAUAUUUAUUAAUUACUGUCAUUUUAUUUAUUUGAUGCACGAAAUGGAUAAUCUUAUUUUUGCCACAUAUUUCACCUAGGUGGAUACACCAGGUCCGUUCCUACGGCUCUCGUAACCUUGCUGUCAAUAUAUGGUGGGCACAUUUCACGAACUUCAACCAUACAGAUUGUGAAGUGAGUCCUCACAAAGACAAAGAAUUAGUUCCCCUUAGUUUGUUUGACUUCCAUCCCAGUGAAGCAAUUAGGUAAGUGCGUAUUUUAGAUGCAAUAAUACUGUACUUCCACAGGUGGCCUAAGCUCGAAAUAUGACUCUAUUUCGUAACGUUCAAAAUAUGGGGAUUUGUAUGGGAGAAAAAGCAUUUGUUUCUACAGCCUACGAAUGUGAAAAGAUUUAAAUGCAAUCGGCUAACCUCACUUAAGUUGUGUGUUUCUUCUUUCCUGUGUAGUUUCUGAGCCGAUUUAUGGCCAUUUGAUGUGUGUUAUUGGAACCGGUUGGUUCCAAUAGAACCCAUUAAAUGGCCAUAGCAUCAAGGUUUUACACGUAGAAAAUAAUUAAUUAAAUCCCCCAAAACUGUUACUACCGAUCCCUCUGUAUUAUUAAUUAUCCACCGUAUAUUAUCUUGCUCAGUACAUGUAUGAAUCACUGCCGCCACACCGACCCCCCAUAUGUUUUGUAUUACUUGCGUAUUUUCCCAUUCCUCUCUUUAGUAUAUCUUACUCUUUUUCUCCUUUAUACGAAAUGAAACUGUUUCUAAGGUUAUGUUCACGCUAUAUCGAAUAGCUUUUUCACCGCCACGAAAAUCAUACCGACUAGGGCUUGUGUUCACACAUAAGAACGGUUGUGGCGCCGCGAUUUCUGUGACGGAUCGAAGCUGCGUCCCGCCGAUCCUUAAGGCCCCGUCCACACGUAUCCGGAGAUUUUUGUAUCCGCAAAUUUUUUUAUGCGGAUACACAUAGCGUCCACACGUGUCCGCCGUAUACGCUCGGUGUAUCCGGAGAUUUCUGUAUACGCUCUCCAGAGUGGAAAUUUCUGUAUAUGCUGUGUAUCCGGAUACGUGUGGACGCUCGUAUCUGUAUAUUUUUGUAUACGCUGACGUCACAGUAUCAGAACCAGUCUUAAUGCGCAUGCUCUGUUGACUAAUCCUUUGAGAUGUCCGGAUACGAAUCGGAUACGUGUGGACGGUCGUAUACGAUUCGUAUACGCUACGUGUGGACGCAGAUAUUUUUGUAUCCGCAUAAAAAAAUUUGCGGAUACAAAAAUCUCCGGAUACGUGUGGACGGGGCCUAAAAUGGAGGGUCACAUUAUCGGAUAGGUGUUCACACAAUACCGGAUAGAUUUCGUGUCAGCACCAAAACCUAUCCGUGAACAUAGCCUAAAUUAAAAGGGCAUACAAUUAGCUUCAUGAUUCUUGCCGUUUUCCAUUCAAGCUUGUCACAGAUUUAUUUCUUUAAAUCUGUUGUCCUAUGAAAUAAGUGGAAAAAAGAAAAUGCCACUACACUACAAUCCAAAAACAUUUGAAGAAAAAAAAUUGUAAAAGUGAACAUAAAACUGCCCAAAUUAAGGCAACGUCCACACGAAUCCGGAUACGCUGAAAGCGCAUUCUUGAUAUUUGGGAGCUUAAGCACGGCGGCGGCUGGGAAAACGUCACUUAUUCCAUCACGUUCAAUUUGUCAAAUGUUGGUGGAUCCACACGAAUACGCUAUGCGAUUUACAUUUCCUCAUUACUAGCUAGUAGGCAUGCGCAAACCGAACCCGUGAUGUGAUUUCGCGGCAUUUUUGAAUGUUGUUGCUAUUUUGAGUGCCAUGACCAGGCGUGCCUGUACGUUGUCCCACCAGGCAGGCACUUCUUCGCCCUGGACGAACCCAAAUCGUCCUUGACGAGGUUCAGAGUGAAAACGUUUUACACGCCUUUGUCUCGACCUAAAAGAUUCCAUAAUCUAGAUGCGGAUUAAGUCUUCUUUUGAAAUGGCUAAUUGUUGUCGUCAAAAUAGCAAACUUGAUUUCAAACGGCGAUAAGAGCAAGCAAAAUUGCAAUCAAAACAUUGUUGUCCGCCAUUUUCAACUUGAAAGUUUUCAUUUAAGACUGGACCCGAGUUUAUAACGUAGUUGACUUCAAAAAUAUCCGUUUUCAGUCGUCCACACAAAUUCACCAAACCCGUCGGAUCAAAAAAAAAAUCCACCAUAGGGAGCGGUUUCAAAAAUAUGCGGUUUCGGUGUGCGGAUUCACUGGUUUGGUGUGGAUGGAAUGCCGAUUCAUUAAAAAAAACUAGGCGGUUUCAAAAGUAUCUGGAUUCACGUUGUGUGCCAUCUCUCUUAAAAUCCGCUUGUUAAAAGUUAAUUUCAAGUAAAAUUAUUGCAUUUUAAUGUCAGGCAAGCUGCUUUGGAAGUUACUGGUGGAAAAACAGUAACCUUGCAGGAAUGGACUAAACUAAUGGAGGUGAGAAGAACUGAACCGCUAAACAAAGUGAAGGAGACUAGAGAAUGCUUCAUUCAUCUUUAACAUUUUUAAAAUACCUUUUUAACUGUCUAGCAUCUUCUGAAAGGAUAGUGUUGUUUGAAGUGUUUAAGAUUUUCUUAUUUUUUUAGAAAUUAGUUUGUAACGGGGGUUUGUAAUUUAUGGUGUAUCAAUAUUAUCUUGUAUCAGGGUUUUCAAAACUUGCCGACGCCCGACGCAAGGUGCCGGCUACUUGCCAUAUUCGCGUCAGGUACUUUUGAGCCGAAAUUUCAGAUCAUUAAUUUAAACAGUGAAACACUACGCUUAUACCAUCAUGGCUUAAACAAAAUAAAAUGUAAAAGAUUGAAGAAAUUGGAAGAAAAAAAUCAAUAGAAUUUUUUGAUGAUGUCGAUUUUGACCUGUUAAAAAUCACGUUUUGAGCCCUGAAAAUGUACCAGAAUACAUCUUUGGACAUUCAAAUUUUCAAAAUUCAAAAUUCAAAAUUCCGAGGCGCAUUAGUGAGUCGGAUACAAUUCAAUUUCCUCCUGCUACUUUUUAUAAAAAUGAAAACCCUGUUGUAUGUACCUAACAAUGUAUAUUUUCAUCAGCGUAAACUAAAAUAAUGGUAAAUGUAUUCAGAGUAUGGCUAAAGUUGUCGUUGUUAUUUCCUCAGGCUAAUUAUCCUGGUGUAGUGAUCAAAGAGUUAUUAGAACAGGUAACUGGUCGUACUGUUUUACCGCUAACAAUGAAUUAGACACUAAAAUUAGCCUUAACUUAGCGUCAAGUCUGGUUCAGACGCUGACCUUUUUAUGAGCCGAAACUAAUACAUCAAUUAUUAAGUGCAUGAAAAGUUCGGCGUCUGAAUCAGUUAGGAACGCCUAUUUGAAUUUGGAACAGCUUAGCCGUUCUUCCCUCCUAGCCCGGCCGGGAAUUUCGCCUUUGGAGCGACUUUGGAACGCCUUUGAUUCAGACACCGAACUUUUCAUGUGCCUAACGCUUAAAUUACAAUAACGUAUUUUGCGAGCAGUUUGACCGAAAUGAGCCUUUUUCUCCUUUUGAAUUUAGUUCGACUGGAAUUGAGAUCGGCGUCUGAAACAGUUCUGCCGGUCUAAAUAAUUGGGGUCGGCCUUAAUUCGAAUCAUCAGGUUCGGCUCAUGAAAAGUUCGGCGUCUGAACCGGGCCUAAGACCUGGUUCAGACGCCGUACUUUUCAUGUGCCGAACCUAACUGAAUAAAUUCGACUUUGAAGCGACACGGGGGCGACAUCUUAUCCAGACAGCGCACCUUGUGUCAAACAUAAGUCAGCAUAAGUUAAGUUCGACAAAAGUUCAACCACUGGCAGUCCGGGCUCGAAAUAUGAGCAUCGACGAGCAUCGGCAUUGUUGCGUAACAUUCGAAACAUAAGGAUUUGUAUGGGGAAAAAACCUAUCGUUUCUGUAACCUACGAAAAUGAAAGAAUUUGAACAAAAAACAGCUUACCUUACAUAAAAUGUGUGUUAUGUGUCUUCUGUGUGGCCCAUGGGCCGAUUUAUGGCCUUUUUGGGCUACCUGUGGUUCGACAGACUCUGUCGGACCUGUCGAACUUUUGCCGCACCAAAUUAAAACUGCCGUACCAAAUUGAUUUAGACGUCGCUCUUUUGCCGUACUUAAUUCAUCAGUUAGGUUCGGCACAUGAGUGGAUCGGCUUCUGAACCGAACUUAACUCUCAAAUGCUGCGGUUCGAUUCUCGUACGCGACCACAUCCUGUGAGCAAACACUAAGUCAUUACAUUUUUGGUGAUCGCUCACGGGAGGUUCGACUGUGAGUGAUUAUGUUUCUCAUUUUAAAGUUCAUAAUAUAAUUGCAUAUGUUUUUGUCAUCCGGUUGUUAGAAUUUCAAUGAAAUUGAUGCAAACAAAGAUGGGUUUGUAUCUCCUGAGGAGAUCCAAGAAAUAAAAUAUGAAGAUCUUCAGCGACUUCUGGAUGGUCCAGCAGACGAAGAAGAGGAAGAAGAGGAGGCAAUCGAUCCAUCAGAGCUCCCUGAAGGAGAAGAAGAAAUAUCACAGACUGAAGAUUUAGCAGACGAGGAUGAAAAAACGGAUGCUACUCACACUGAACUCUGAUGAAUACAUAGUCAGCUUUUGGAGUAAAGCUAGGUGCGAACGGACGCAACAACUCCCAACAUUGUUGGCCUAACAAUGUUAGCGCAACAACUCCCAACAACACACAACAAACGGACGCAACAUGUAACAUCCAACGAUGUUGGGAGUUGGUGGCCAACGAUGUUGCGUCCUUAUGGCCAGGUUAUGCUAUUAUCGCCAAUUAUUUAAACACACUCAAACCUCUAUUAAGCGGCCACUCGCCAAACUCUCUUCUAAGCGUUCACGGUCACUUUGUGGUACCAGUAGUGAUUUUAAGAUGCCACGGCGCCGACGGCAACAGAAACAAGAACGUCAUAAAAGCAGUAGGCUGCAAAUAGCAAAACAAAAACUGUGCACGUGAAGCACACUUUUUUGGUACAUUUCUUUUCCGUCACUGCACGAUUACGACGUGAAAAUGCUUAGUUUCACCAUAGUUAUUUAAGUGGAAUGGUUCGGAAACCCGUUAGACUCCUUUGUUAUACGUUUUUGGUAACUUUAUUGGAACUGACCGUGCACAACCUUCAAUAGCGAUUCCUGUCAUUUUGAACUUACUGACCAAUAGAAACAUUGCAUUGAUUUACUCAGUCAAUUUGUGAACAAAAAACAAAGGAUUGUGCGCGGUCAGGGAGCUUCCAACAUAAACCACAGCACCAUUGUUUUCAACAUUGAUGUUUGCCGGCUUCCGUAACCAGUCUCCUCCACUAACUAUGGUUUCACGUUUUCAGGAGGACGUAAACAAGCGACGACAAAAUUUUCUUUCUCUCUCUGAACUUAGAGGUGACUCUUAGGAGUUUAACUCCCAAAGAGUUCCCUUGCAUUUGACAAAGUAGGCGAAUAAUAAUCGCAAUAGAGAUUGAAACAACACGAAUUCACUUUUUAAGCGAUGUUUUCCCCGUCCUCGCCAUCGUAGUUUCUUGAACUCUCCAGCUGCCUUCGUGGCAGGUGUUUCAAGAUGAAACGUAAAGGGGGAAUAAAGACGCGGGAAAACGCCUUGACUCGGGCGUCUUAAUAAACGUCUGCCACGUAACCUUGGUACCCCCUCUCCGCAAGCAUUGGCCGCUAGCAGGGAUCCUUGAUCCCUGUAAAUGGGUUAUAAUUUUGCCUGUCUUAUUCUCAAGAGAAUGAUCCUUUGCUAAAAUGUACCACAAUUCAGUAGCAGUACACUAAAUGAGUACAUUUGUGAAUGGUCUGUAAGCAGUGCCGGAUCCAGAACUUGAGAUAAGGCGGGGCCCCGGUCAUCCAGACCCUUAGAUAAGGGGACGGGGGGGCGGUCUCCCAAAAACUUUUUUCGCCCCUUCGGGCCUCAGUUUGGCAAAAAAUAAGGGGGGGAGCGGCCCCACAGGCCUGUCCCCUGGAUCCGCCACUGGUAAGUGCCUCUUUAAAUAGUUCUUUUCCUUUCACGUAGAGUGAGUUAGAGAACCUACAGAAAGUAUUUCUUCUUGUGAUGGAUACUUCUCCAUUUUCUUUUCUUAAUAACUUUUGGGCUUGAUAAACCUGCGAUAGUGGUCACUUGAAUUUUUCCGAAGGGUAACCGCUUGUAAUUAAGGUUUGGCUUUCCUCUGCGUAUAAAAGUUCAAUUUAAGCGAACACUAAAAUGGCAACAAUGUUUUACAUUGAGAAGACGGUACAGUGUGACGAUAUGCUUAUUUUCUGCUACAUUAUAUAUUUUAUAAGAAAAGCUAACUUAAUAUAAAGUAAUGUAAUAUAUUCAAUUUUGGAUACACAGAUUGGCAACAUAGUAGUGGCCUGGGCAUUUAGACGCAAUUGUAUUGUAAUUGUACAUUUAUAAGAAACAACUAAAGUAUCGUUUAAAACAAGUUUUUUGUAAGU